UGCAAGUGUUGUCAUUCCCUGAGCAGCAGCCAUGGAUCCCACAGUGAGUCCUUACGAGUACUACGACUAUGACGAGACGGAGAACUCCACCAUGUGCGACUACUCGGAGUGGACGCCGUCCUACUCCGUCAUCCCCGUGCUCUACAUGCUCAUCUUCAUCCUGGGCCUGUCGGGGAACGGCGUGGUCAUCUUCACCGUGUGGCGAGCGCAGGGCAAGCGGCGGGCGGCCGACGUCUACAUCGGCAACCUGGCGCUGGCCGACCUGACCCUGGUGGUCACGCUGCCCCUUUGGGCGGUCUACACGGCCAUGGGCUACCACUGGCCCUUCGGUGUGGCCUUGUGCAAGCUCAGCAGCUACGUGGUGCUGCUCAACAUGUACGCCAGCGUCUUCUGCCUCACCUGCAUGAGCUUCGACCGCUACCUGGCCAUCGUGCACUCCCUGUCCAGCACGCAGCUCACCCGCGGCCACAUGCGCGGCUCCCUGGCCGCCAUCUGGAUGAUCUCGGGGCUCCUCGCCGCGCCCACACUUAUCUUCCGCACCACCAGGCACGACCCGGCCAGCAACCGCACCUCCUGCGCCAUGGACUUCGGCCUGGUGGUGAGCAACAAGCAGCAGGAGAACUUGUGGAUCGCCGGGCUGAGCAUCUCCUCGUCGGCGCUGGGCUUCCUGCUGCCCUUCCUGGCCAUGAUGGUGUGCUACGGCUUCAUCGGCUGCACCGUCACGCGCCACUUCAACACGCUGCGCAAGGAGGACCAGCGUAAAAGGCGGCUGCUGAAGAUCAUCACCACGCUGGUGGUGGUCUUCGCCGCCUGCUGGAUCCCCUUCCACGUGGUGAAGAGCGCCGACGCCCUCUCCUACCUGGACCUCUUCCCCGCCACCUGCGCCUUCCUGCGCUUCCUCCUCCUGGCACACCCGUACGCCACCUGCCUGGCCUACGUCAACAGCUGCCUCAACCCCUUCCUCUACGCCUUCUUCGACCUGCGCUUCAGGUCGCAGUGCCUCUGCCUGCUCCACCUCAAGAAGUCCUUGCACGCCAGCCCCGCCGGCUCCUUGUCCUCCCAGAAGACGGAGGCCCAGUCCCUCGCCACCAAGGUCUAACUAACUCAGCUGGGACUUGGCGCGGCCUGCCGGACUGCUCGCAACAGGCCCGUGACUUGAGGGCGCUACGGCCUCGGAAAAGGAGCGAUCGUCAAGUAACAAAACUGCAAAAAAGGAAAACGCGUCCUUCAUUUGAAGGCUUCCUUUUUUGUGUUGACCUCUCGUUUUUUGUUAAGCACUUGAGGUGUGACGCCCGCUUGGUGUGUGUGUGUGUGUGCGUGUGUGUGUGUGUUCUUGUGUUUCUAGCCUUCUUGAGACAUGAAGAAGGAAAAGUAGCUUCCACAUGAGGUGGUGUGAACAAGUUAGGACAUAAAUCAUGGUCCCAAUACGGAAAACUAUUACAUCUAAUAGAACAUCUAAUGUCUCAUUUGCAGCCCCUGCUGGUGAAAUCUGUCAAAAUUAG